GGCUACCGGCUCAGCGGCCGUCGAAUCCGCCUCCGCUGUCGCUGCCGCCGGCGAUCUAUUUGUGUUCUUUGACAAUCCUGCGCGUGUCUCCGUCCAACUGUCCAUGUUCGUCGGCUCUAAAGUUGGCGAGCCGGCGCCGUGUCCGGUUUCGACCCCGGUGCACGCCAGUCGGCACUCGGGUUGCACGGCGAGCAGCUGCGAACACGGAAGGUGCUUUGUGCCUGUGAGCUGACGGCGCUAUCGAGCGGUGCCGGUUUAGUUCGGACCAACCGGCGGGCCGGGUGCCGCCGGCGUCGGCCAGCACUCGUCCUCCGCCUCCGGCCGUGCGCGCAGCUCCCGACCGGCCGCGCCGCGCCACUGAUCGCCGCCCGCGCGCCGGCCGCGCCCCGUACACAGUGACAGAACGUGCUGCAGAGAGCGCCGCCGACCGUCACAGCAGCCCGGCCAUCAUGAGCGACCAGCAGGUGGCCAACAUCGCGCCCAGCGGUGAGAUCACCAAACAGCAGAGCUCGCAAAGCGAGUCCUCGCAGAGCUAUGCGAUCCCGGGCGGCGAGGCCCACGAGCAGUCGCGGGACGCGUCCCGGCUCAUGGAGGCCAACAUCCCCGGCGGCCAGAUGAAGCAGCAGACGCAGGAGCACCAGUUCGCCAAGCAGGCCGAGGCCGUGCAGGAGACGCCUGGCGGCGUGCAGCGGACCAGCGAGGCGGCCGCCGCUCAGCAGCAGGUCAGCCAGUCGGUCAGCAACAGCCAGACGCAGGGCGCCGACGGCAGCAUCAGCACCCGGCGCGUCACCUCCAAACGCACCGUGCAGCAGAGCAGCUCCGUCAAGCAGAGUCACAUCAGCAGCACCACGUCGGCGCACCCGGCGCAGGGCAUGAUCCAGGCGCCGGUGCCAACCGAGCUGCAGAUGCAGAACCUUGCCACGCAGCAGAACAACCAGCGCACGCAGCUGGCGCACCAGCAGCAGCAGCUGGCGCAGCAGCAGCAGCUGCCCGACCUGGCCGACAGCGACAUGACCGCGGUCAGCCGAAAAACCACGCAGCACAGCCACAAAAAGGUCACGCAGACCUCGCAGAAGGUCACGUCGGCCACCCAGCAGCAGCAGCAGCAACAGCAGCUAGUCCAAGGCACUGCGCAUCAGCAGGCGCUGAACAUGCCGUAAGUAGAGCUAGCUGUGAGCUGCUGAACGUGUUCACCUGGUGUCUCCCUCGGUGGUGGAGCCCGCCGCGCGGACGGCCCAGCCGCUCGCCCAACUCACUAACAAGACCGCGCGCGCCCGUCCGCAGAAGGGACGGCCGCCGACGGCCGGCCGUCGCCCUUCGAACCGAGUCCCGCGAAACACUAACACCACUAGCCGUGUCGCUCGCUCUCUGUCUCCUCUCGUAGCCUCUCUCUCCCUCAAUCCGGUGUUGGUAGCCGCUGGCUCGCGCAGUCGUUGCACGUGUGCUUUUGCUGCUUGUCCGCUUUCGUUCUUCUUUUCUAUUGACGAAUUUUUGAAAUGCUCGCCGUGCAGUCGUCGACUUUAUGUCUGCACAUGCUGGUCCUACCGCAGAGCGUCAAUAAACGAACACUUCGAAUAA